CUGACACGUCUUUUAAAUUUUAAAAAGUGUAAUAAAUAUACAACAGCAAAUAAUAAAUAAUUUACAGCUACAGAAUAUUAAAUUAAUAAUAACAACAGUCAGAACACACCAAGACUUUUUAUAAAAUCAAAAUAUUUUAUUUAUAUUAUGAAAGUGAAAGUAAACUUAUCCAGCUUAUCCUAACCCACAAUCCACAAUCUAAUUCAGUCAAAAUUUAAAAAUGGGUCUUAGUGCCACGUUACUUUUAGAAAUAUCUUUUGUGGUCUUGUGUUUCCUCCAAUAUUCAGUCCAACAAGUUACACCACCGUGGUAUGAAAACCUACCAGCAGUUGCUAUGGAUUAUAAAGUUUAUAUAAAUCCUGGAAAGGAAGAUUGUUACUUUCAAUAUGUUAACCCAGGAGCUACCUUCUAUGUGAGUUUUCAGGUUGUUAGAGGAGGAGAUGGUAUGGCAGGGUUUGCAGUUAGACAUCCUAAUGGACAAAUAGUUCAUCCAUACCAAUGGCAAGCAAGUAGUGAAUAUCAAGAUCAGCAGUCAGUAGGAGGCUAUUACUCAGUAUGUAUUGAUAAUCAAUUUUCAAGAUUUGCAGGAAAAUUGGUUAACAUUUACAUGACAGUGGUGCGGUAUGAUUUAUGGGAAUCAUACACAAAAGAAAUAGAAUCUCUUAACAUGAAUAUGGAGAAUUUCACCUCAACUAUUGUCCAAGUUGAAAUGAAUAUCAACAACAUGCUCCAAUAUCAACAUCAUUCAAGAGCACGGGAAGCUUGGGACUUUAAUUUACUAAAGGAUAACAAUUCAUAUGUAAUAAGGUGGUCAAUUAUUCAAAUUAUUGUCAUUUUCGCAACAACAUGUAUUCAAAUUUACUUUGUUCGAAAACUAUUUGACAUUAAAACAGGAGGCUCAAGUAGAUCAAGAAUUUAAUUUUAAAUAAAACUUUAUUUUUCAUGUUAUUGAAGGCUGAAAAUCAUUUGAACUUUGAUUCAAAGAAUCAAUUUCUAAAGCAGUCAUUUUAGCUGUGCAUUUACUAUCUUCAUCAUAUUUGAUUACAUUCCCUUCAGUGGCUUCACAUAUACUAUUUCCUUACAGUUCGGCAAUUCUUCAAUAUUAAUCUAAGAAAUGAAAGUCUAGUACAAUUAAUUUUUGAAUUUUCUUUCAACAUUUUUGAUAAUAAUUAAAAAACAAUUUAUAUUAUUUACAUUAAAUUUAGACCAACUUAUGCUCUAAGUGUCCAUUUUUUUUAUAAAAUAUUAAAUUACAUAAUAGCUAUUAAAUACUAUACUUGACAGAUUUCAAUUUUUGGCCACAAAAUUCUUUCAUUCCUAUGAAUUCUUCCCAGCAUUUUUUAUUUUCUUGAAUAACUAAUUUUCUGAUUUACCAUUUAGAUCAGUUUGGUGAAUUUAUAUUUUUUUGUAUAAAUUUUUCUCCUAACUCCCAUGCACUCAAUUAGGUGAAGUUUCACUUUCAUACUGGGAUAUCAUCAUGUAAAGAUGGAAAACAUAAUACAUUGCGAAGUAAAAAGAGAUGAAACUAUUAGAGGUGGAAAUUAUCGAUAUAUAAACGUAUAAAUUAACAUUACAUUACAUAGUUUCCCACCUUUAGACGUGUCGGAGGAGUAUGACAACUGUCACUGUGACAGGAAAAUUUUAUAAAUACUCCUCACAGACGCCUAAAGGUGGGAAACUACGUAAUGUAAUGUUAAUUUAUACGUUUAUAUCGAUAAAUUUCACCUGUACUAGUUUCAUCUCUUUUUAUUCCACGAUGUAUUAUGUUUUCCAUCUUUUGCUUUAUUUUGCCGGUUAUUAGCGCGCUUAUCACUAUAUAUACAUAAUAUAUAAUAUACAAGUGUGUUAAUUUUUAAAUAGGGAACUUGCAUAAAAUUUUAAAUUCGAAAAAAACGGUAUCAAUCACAACAGAACAUAAUUUAGAACCUGUAUCAAAGAUAAAAAAGUUUUGUUUGUCUUUCGUUUGGCCCCUAAAGACGACUAAAAAUUCAAACCAGCCUUAUACCAGCCACCCCAAAACGCGUCGUGACGUCACAGGGUUGUAUGUUUACAUUCUACACCAAUUGUAUAUUUAAUUUUAAAUUAGACAUUAUAAACGUCAGUAAAAAAUACGGUUAUGUGACGUUAAAAGUGUUUUUGAUCGUUUGAACUAUUCAUAGAAAAUUUGUACUUUUACAAAAUGGUUUUAUUUUCAAUAGUAAACCUUCUUUCCUUUUCUUCAAAAACUGUAUCAAACUCCAAUCUCAACAAACUGGUAUAUAUUAUUACAACGACAUACGAUAAAUGUCAUUAGAAUAUAAAUAUUUUUCCUUUAUUCCCCGACGACGUGCUGAAAAAAUACCCAAGUAGGUGGAGGCCAAUAAACUAAAGAAAUAGAAGAAGAAUAUACGUAAAUAUAACCAUAAACAGAACCACAUAGCUAAGCUCUGUGACGUCACGGGUCGUUUGAACUAUUUUAAGCUAAAGAAGACUUUAAAUUUGUACUUCUAAGUUAUUAUGAGUUUUUGAAGCGUGAAAUUUUGUAAAUCUCAUUUUUAUACAAAACUGAACAUUAUUAUGUAAUCAAAAAAAAUGUGCAAGUUCCCUAUUAGGCAUAGGUACUGACAACUCUGAAUCCCCACUUUCAGGAUUCACAUUUGUGAUUCGACAGCUGAUACUUUGACAAUUAGUAAAUAUUGUAGCUGGGUUUCAUUCGAUGAAAUAAUUCAAUUGCAUUCUUCUUUGCUUUCUAUCAUCCAUUUUUGGACAUAUACCUCUCCUAACUCUUUCCAUUGAUCUGUAUCUUGAGCAGCAUACUUACAAAUUGUUCCAUUCCAUGUCACCCGCUUAAAUUUUGUGUGUUAUUCGUAAAUAUUUGACCUCAUUCUGUGACAGUUUCUCCAUACAGAGCGGGCAUCCAGAUGUAAUCUACUUAGGUUCCGUCUCCUUCUUCUAAGUUAUUUUAUUUAUUAGUGAACGUAUUAUUAAAAAUGUAUUGUUCUUUAAUAUUGAGUACUUUCGAUAAUUGUCAAUAUUACUAUUUUAAUUAUUUCCCUAAACUCUGAACAUAUUUAACAUCAUUAUUAGAAAAUAAAUACUUCCGAAGGCUCCGAAACCUUCGUCAAUGGACUGGCCUAUCAGCAGAUCAACUAUUACAUGCCGCACAAGAUCGAGAACGAUAUCGGCAAAUUGUCAUAGAAGCUGCCCACGUCUAAAAUUUGGGCACGGUACUUAAAGAAGAAGAUUAGAAAAUAAUUUUUAAAAUAGUAAUAUGCAUGCUAACUUGUGUAUGUACUUUAUGCCUAAUCCUAAAAUUAACGCUCUAUAUAACAUAUAUGCACUUGGGUUUGGUUAUUUCAACGUUUUAAUCUUUUACUUUAGUAGUUAUUAUGGCCAUAUAUUUCAUUUUUUUAUAGUACAACUCCUUUAUUUAAUUAUAUCAAUGGUGUUAUCUAGUUGUAUUAAGAGAUAAAUUUCUACUCCCAUACUUAUAAAUUUCUGGUGUCUUGCCCUUUAAAAGCCUUAUGGACUGGUACAGUAGUACACUGAUUCUACUAGAAAAAAUUUUACGCAUUCCAUUUUAUUUUACUUAUUGCAUUUUUCUAAAUCCAUUUUGCAUAUUUUGUUAUUUUAGUGCCACAUUUUUUUUAUAUAUCUUUUGAGGUAUAUAAUUUUAGAACUAGUUUCAGUAAGGUAUUCAUCAGAUUUCUGUACCUGAAUUUAUCUAUUCAUUUUAGAAAUUAUUAGGUACUGGGAAUUUCUUCUGCCACUUAAAUAGAUAGCUAACUUCAUGCUUGUAACAUUUGAUAUUAUUUUGAUGAGUGUGUGUUUAUAUUCUUGUUGACCAUCCGCAUGCUUUUUCUAGGUUUCUAUUUUUAAUUUUUUAUGGUUGUGUUAUCAUUCCUGCCGUUUAAACUUCUUCUGUGGUAUGUGUAUCUAUAAGAAAUCUUCGCUUUUAUACCAGCGGUAUAAUAAUGUUCAACAAUAUUAUAGAAUAUGUCAAAAUCUUAUUGAAUAUAAUUAUCAUAGGUACUUAGGAACAAAUUAAUAUAGAAGAAAACUACACUUUUGCUACUUUAUAAUAAUUAAGCAUACAUAACUGAUCUCUGACAAAAAAAAAUUAAAAAGGGUCUUUUAAAUUCAGUACCUUUCUUGUUGGUCACAUAAUAAAUAAGAUCAAGAGGAACAGAUUAGAGCAAGGAUUGGUAUAGUAAUUGUGUUAUUAAAUUUGAACCCAGUUUUUAUACUUAAAUCAUGUCAUGUUCAAAUCUUAUUUAAAAAAAUCUUGUUAAGUUGUGCCAAUCUCUUAAGAAUUUGUUGUUCGAUUUAACUCAGCAUCACUAUUACCAUAGGAGAUGCGCGAUUCUAUUUAUACACACAAAUGUGUAUGUGAAACAGAAGUAAUACGAGACUGUUAUUUAGUUCUCCUAAUUAUUACAGAAACAAAAACAUGUUUUGGUGCUGAAUAAAUAAUGAAUACAAUUUUUUACUAUUUAAGGUACGCGCGCACUUGAUUGAACCGGUCGGCAACGAAACUCGCAGCUAGAGCCCGGUAUGUAAUUCCGGGCUCUAGCUGUGCGGUCCAGAAUAUGGAUCCAGAAUUUAUUAUUAGUUUGUAGUGAGAGGAAGAGGUACAACAAAAUACACUACAAGGAAGCGCAAUAAAAGGUUGCAUGAAAUUGUAAAAAGCGAAAUACUGAAAGUAAGUUUGCUACUUUAUUUUCUUGAUUUAAUCGAUAACCAAGACAAGUUUAUCAAUACUUCAGCGUGAAUUAUAAAAAAUAUCAAGAACUUUUAUAAUAAUAGUUUCUCUUCCUUGCUUGUCUUUCCCAGUUGGUCACUUUUAAUCUUCUGAUAUUUUCCUGCAUUUCGCUUUCUAUCUUGACCUUGGUCUUUCUAUUCUCUUCUUUCCUGCUGUUGCACUAGUUAGGAGGCACGUUGGUAUCCUGGUAUCGUUUGUUCGAUUUUAUAACUCACAAUUCUCCGAAAACUAAUAUUGCCCUGCAAGAUACCAGACACAUGGAGAAACAGCAUAAUGAUACCAAUGUUCAAGAAAGGAGACAAAGAAGACCCCAACAAUUAUAGAGGUAUAAAUUUACUGAACACCGCACUUAAGCUAACUACAAAAGUCCUAACCAACAAAAUCAAUAAACUAACAACUUUAUCAGAUGAAUAACAAGGAUUCAGAUCCGGAAGAUCCUGCGUAGACGCCAUAUUUGUACUGAGACAAAUCACAGAAAAGGCCAUUGAGUACAAUAAACCAGCGUAUCUAUGUUUUAUAGACCUGACAAAGGCUUUCGAUCGCAUCCAAGUCGAAGACGUCUUACAUUUACUGUAUAGAAGAAACAUACCAAUCAAUAUUAUACAAACCAUCGAAAACAUAUAUUUUCAUAAUCUAAUACAGGCAAAGAUAAAUGGAAAAUUAACGCAGUUUAUACCAGUACAAAGCGGAGUCAGACAAGGUGACUCAUUAAGCCCACUGCUCUUUAAUAUAAUAAUGGACGAAAUAAUAGAAGCAGUACGUAAAGGUCAUGGUUACAGAAUGGGGAAUAAAGAAAUCCAAAUAUUAUGUUAUGCAGACGACGCCGCAAUAAUCGCCGAGACAGAAGACGAUCUCCAAAGAUUAACACACAUCUUCAAUACAACAGCCAUGAAAUACAAUAUGAUAAUAUCAGCAGAAAAAACCAAAUGUAUGACAACAUCUAAAUACCCACUACGAUGUAAAAUCAAAAUUCAUGGGAAAAUAAUAAAGCAGGAAGCAAGGUUUAGAUAUCUGGGAAUAUAUAUAACCAGUUACGGAGAUGUUGAAGAGGAAGUACGACAACAAAGCUUAAAAGCAAGUAAAGCGGCUGGAUCUCUUUAUAACACAAUCUGGAAGAACAAACACCUAAGACAAGACACAAACACAAAAGCAAGAAUCUAUAAAACAGCAAUUAGACCUAUAUUGACAUACACGGCGAAGACAAGACCUGACACAUCUAAAACGAGACGACUACUAGAAACAAGAGAGAUGCAAAUACUCCGACGAAUAUCAGGGAAAAGUCUAUUGGGUAGGGAGAGAAGCGAAAACAUAAGAAGAUCAUGCAAUGUAGAAGACAUAAAUGGAUGGGUGACAAAACGGAAACAGGAGUGGAACGAACACAUUAAUAAAAUGGCAGAGGAUAGGAUAGUACGAAUAGCACGAGAUAAGUCACUAAAUGGACGAAGAAGUAUUGGCAGGCCAAGAAAAAGAUGGUGCGAUAACUUAAACAAUUUAGGCGGCUAAUAUUGAAGAAGAAACAGGCUUUAAAGGCUACAUACAAGAAGGCAGAAAAAGAAGACAAUUAUCCGAAAAAUCAAAGUUUAUUGUGAAGCAAGAAUCGAUAUAUGACCAGGACCCAUCAAGAACUCUUAUAGUGUAAAAACUGAUCUCAAGAAACAGGAUACAUUUAAAAACUCUAUUGCACGGAAAAUAUUCGAUUCUGAGUUUUCGGUGUGAGUCGAUGUCUUACGUUUCCGUAAAGUGCGCGCUGAUUCAUUUGAAAACUUAAUCAUUGAAAAAUUAAUAAUUUCUGAUCGCCGUGGUGCGUUCCGUUGCCGGUCGGCUCAGUCAAUCUUUUUGUGCGCAAAUCUUUAAGGGAAGGAGGGGGGUAUGGUUUGAAAAUUUUGAUUUUUUAUUAUUCUAAAUGAAAGUAGGUACAUAACAUAUAGAAUAUUUGAAAAUUUCAGACUGAUCAGAUCAAAAUUACCGGAAAUAAAGCAUGUUGAAUAUACAGCAGCUGCGCGCCAGUGUGCUUGAGCGUAGCGAAAAACGUUCAACAGCUGUUCCUCUUUACUUUUGUAAAUUACUCCGCGAUUCAAAAACAUUCCGGUGUGAAUCACUUUACGAUUUGACAGGAAAAAAAUUGAAAAUAAAGUUGUAAAAACUUUAAACGCGUUUUUCUUAAAACUGCCUUUUUUUUUCAAAGGCGGUGGAUAUUGUAACUCAAAAACAACUUAACCGAUCUACCUGAAAUUUUGCAUAGAUUCUCUUUAGACAUUUCGUGAGGUAACGCUGCCGAGAUAUUUUUUGUUUUGUGCUUAUUUUUUUGUCCUCGACACCUUCCGGUAUAAGAGGAACAUCGAUUAUGUAUGUAUGUAAGAGGAACAUCGGUUAUGUUUGUAUAUAUGCUAGUUUUUUGAUAAAAAUGUGUUGAUUUUCACCCCUUUUACAAAAAAUUUCGAUAUUUUGAUUUCUGAGUGAUGCCAAAAACUCAAAAAUCGUUAAAACUAAAAACUGGACAGCGUUACCUCGAGAAACUCAUACGCUAAUUAAAUAUUUUUGAAUUUUUUGUUUCUCAUGAUGUGCUUGAAAUCUUGAUUUCAAACAACCAUACUCCCCUUACGUGAAAUUUUUUAUAAACUUAAGAAACAAUAAUUUAACCACACGUUGCCACCUCUAGGUUUAAUUCUUGGCAUGUCAAUCAGAAAAUAUAUGUGUUAAUAAAUCUCUAUGGCCGGUUUCACCAACGACAAAUAGCAUUUUAUUCUAUGAAUAAAGUUAUUUGACCAAUAAACUGACAUUUCUCCAUUUUACUAACGUCACAUAAGACUUAUUUUAGUUAUUUAUGAAAUAAAUACUUACUCUUCGAAUAAAUUGGGAAGAUAAUCUGGCUAUAAAUAUUUUUAAGAAAGUGAAUUCGCCAGUUUUACUUUAAAUUAUCAAAAUUAUAUUGAAACAUAAUAUAAAUUCAUUGAUUUAUUUGUUGUUGGUGAAACCGGACCGUUUAGUAACGUUUAGUAUCGUUUAGUAACGAAUAUGUAACUAUAUUGUUAUUUGAUGUUUGUGUUUGUCCAUCGUCCAUUUUAAUUUAUUAAUAAGUUUAAUAAUAUUAGAAAUACUUUAUUUUGAAAAUAUAUAUUUUUAUAACGUCCUAUACAACGGUAUUGUAUUUAUAUGUUAUGUACUGUAAAUUGAAUUUAUGAAAUACAUAAUUUACCACGUGGAACAUGUUUUCAAAUGUUGUGAGUCAAAAUGGAUCUGAGUGUAUAUUUUGUACUGUAUUUGAUAAGUUAUAAAUAUAAAAUAAUAUCAUAUAUACAGCGUAUUUCAUUAAGAAUUUUCGUAAUAAAUCUUCGUAUUUUGUGCUAAGGUUUCUUCAGUUAAUAUAUGGACAAUUCUUACUGAAACGUAUAUAUAUAUAUAUAUAUAUAUAUAUAUAUAUAUAUAUAUAUAUAUAUAUAUAUAUAGGUACACGAACAUAAUGUUGGAACAAGCAGUAGUUCUGCGAAUAAAAUGCCAAUUUACCGAAAUUCUUUUAUUUAUUCAUUUUUUUAAUUGUAAUUAUGAAAUUGGCAAAAAUUUUUAGGUUAACAGUUUAUUUAUAGAUUUUAUGUUGAUUACUAUUUAAUUAAUUGUUUGAUAACCGAAUAAAGAAACAGAAUCACCCUGUAUAUGCUAUUCUCAUACAUUUUGAGAAAAUCGUUAAUUGCAUCGAAAAUAUUCUUCUGAUUUUCCUUUCUUAGCUCUUAUUCUUGGGAACUGAAGUUUCUAUCCGUUCUGCAUUUGCAUGAUAUUCAAAAAAUGCAGUCAACUAUAAAAUGAUUGUCAAAUACUGAUUAUGACAAAUACUACAAGGUUUUCAUACGAAUGCCCCACUGACGUAGUUCUUCCUCUAUUACACCUAGUUUUCCCAAUCAGUUCUUCUAACAUAAACUAACCAAAAAAUUUGAGCAUUUAAUCAGUAAAUAUUGAGUUGUUUAUUAGUAUUGUACCUACUGUAAUUAUGAUGUCAUAUUAUUUAUCAAAUACAGUGCAGCAAUUUUGAUGAAAUAUAUAUUUUUAUAACGUAUAUAUAAGGUAAUUGAAAACUAAUUAAAUAUUUUUGUUUAAAAGGGAAUUUUGUUGUAAUAUUUUUUUAUCUUAAAUUCUAUUUAAUAUUUUACUAAAUAAUUUAUAUUUGUAUUCAUGCUGUUUUAGAAAUAUAAAUUUUUGUUAUA